CACGUCGCUGCGGUUGGUAUCAAAACAGACGCUCUAGAAAUAAACCUGAAGCAGUGUGUGAAGGAUGAAGGUCUUAAAUAGGAGUGGAGGAACCGUACAAUAAUAAUAAUAAUAAUUAUUAUUUUAUUCUAGACUUAUCAUUUCUACACGGUUUGAUGUCCUGGAUGUAUCUUCAACAGUAAAAAAUACUCCAUAAUUAAGGAUAAAGAGUAUAUGAGCAGAAUAUGAACACGUUGGUUGCAGUGUUUGAUGGGAAUCCAGAGCUUGGUGCUCAGUGGUGCAUGCUUGCGCAGACUGAAAAACACUCCUGAAUCUAAUGCAAGUUGGAGCUAUUCACAAACCUGGACGCGUCCUGCAUGCAUCCAUCAUGAGUAAAUAACAACAAUAAUAAUAAUCAGAAUAUUAAAGGAAAAGAAAACACCACCAGCACAACAGAUCAUCAGUGGGACAUCUGUGCUGCUGAAUAAGGGGGGAAAAAGAUUCCACUUCCUGCAACGAUAAGGUUGUUUUUUCUCCCGUGGUGUUUGUGUGGAGCGUGCCACACACCCACUCCACAACAACGACGGCUUUUGCUUGCAUCUUCCAGUGUUUCUUCUGUCAGCAAGUUCAGCAGAGCUGCAACUCAUCCAGCGCCAGCGCAGACGAGCCCAGCGAGGAGAACCACGACUGUGAGAUGGUGAAGAUGACCAAGUCAAAAACCUUCCAGGCCUACCUGCCCAACUGCCACCGCACCUACAGCUGCAUCCAUUGCCGAGCACACCUGGCAAACCAUGAUGAGCUCAUCUCAAAGUCAUUCCAAGGCAGCCAAGGACGAGCCUACCUCUUCAACUCUGUGGUGAACGUGGGCUGCGGUCCAGCAGAAGAGAGGGUUCUCCUGACAGGUUUACACGCCGUGGCAGAUAUAUACUGUGAAAAUUGCAAAACCACUCUGGGCUGGAAAUACGAGCAUGCUUUCGAGAGCAGUCAGAAAUACAAAGAGGGAAAGUUCAUCAUCGAGCUGGCGCACAUGAUCAAGGACAACGGCUGGGAGUGACUCGUCUUGUCCAUUUUCUUUCUGCUCAGUGACCUUUCGGGCCGCUCUGUAGCGGACUUCACAGAGUGACACACACACACACACACACACACACACACACACACACACACACACCACAUACGUACACACUCUGCCAUGCUGCCACCACCAUGCUUUACCCCCAAUACAUUCAGACUCCACGACUGGUGUUCUGAAACUCAAAAAGGAAUGACACAUGGAUCGGGAGCAGUGGAUGGAGGGAAGAAAACAAUGAGAUCUCGCUCCUCCGUUAGCAUUCGCUCAUCUCCAAGAUGUUACCGUGGGGGGUAGACCCGGGGAUCUGCUCCGCCUCUCUGACUGGUUCCUGUGUUGCCGCCCAUUGUGAGCAGUUAACAGUAUCCGGAAGAAUUUAAAUCUUUAUACUUUUAAUUUUCACUGUUUGCAAAAGCGAAUGACCAGGUGUGUGUGUGUGUGUGUGUGUGUGUGUGUGUUUCAUGUAGGAAUCCUUCUGAUGGAUUGAUGUUACUGGUUAGCAUUACUCUCAGAGACAGAUUUUCACUGAGCAUGCUCUUUUCUGUGUUUUGGGGUGGGGUGGGGUGGAAUGGGCGGGGCAGGGUGGGGUGGAAUGGGCGGGGCAGGGCGGGGCGUUGUCAGGUCUAAAGGACAUGUGUUACUUGGAGAUUUCUAGAAAGGGGUGUGGCUUAUGUAGCAGUAUCUCACACCCUUAUUGGACCAUGGAGGGUUUCGAGGGUGGGGUUUGAGCUUUGCAGUGACAUUUUGUAUUUGAUAUAAUCCCUCUACUUUAUCGUAUUUGCGAUUAAACUCCUUUCGGAUUUCUCGAUCCUUCCACCCCUCUUCCUCAGAUGACUUCACUGUGCAAUUAUUUGUGCGCCCCUCUGGUACACUUCUUCCCCUGUCUUUAGCUGUAAUUGGUGCUUUAGGCAAGAUCAUGAAAAAGAAAUGUGUUGCUUUUAGUGUCGAGGUGGCAUUUGUGGCAGGCUCCAUGUUUGCAUCAGUACUAUAAGUGAACUUGUGUUUUUUUUGUUUGUUUGUUUUUAUAAAUAUAUAAUGCUGUCUGAAAGGCACUGGACAGCAGGGAAAACUGAA